AGCGGUGACAUCCGUUCGGACCACUCCAAAUGCAAUCACACCAGUUGCUGCUGUUUUGACGUAGACCAGACUUCGUACAGGACUCGGCACGUAGAAGACUGUGUCAUGGCGAAGAGGUUUCGGUUGAUGAAGAGGAGCUUAUAGCACUUAUUCGGGUGGAUGAGGUACCCUUAAUCCGAAGCGUCAUGGAUUCUACGGGCAACGUUAAAAUCGAAAUCAUCAAAAUGAGGGAGCAGAUUGACUACACGGCCAUCUCGCAUGUCUGUGCGGGCGGGUUAGGCAACUUCCAGGACAACUGUCUCCCCCAUUGUCAACUACAAGCCAUUCAUGAAGAUGGCUGUAACACCAUGGCGCUCGCGUACGACAAUUAUUACAAGAAUCAGCGGUUGAUCCAUCCGCCAAAGAGGUACUAUGACAUUCUCAUGAGACCCAGAGAACCUCAUGACAAGGGUUGGUUCUCUUUCCAAUCUAUCACAACUACCUGUUAUUACUGGCUAGAUACGCUGUGCAUACCGAUACACCAUAUCCAAGAGAAGCAUCGUGCCAUUAACUCCAUGGGUAGAGUUUAUGGCGGCGCAGCAAACACUUUGGUCUUGGAUCCAGCAUUGAGCAGAAUUAGGUAUAAUGAAUUAGGGAACGAGUGGGAAUCUACAUUUUGAGCAAACCUUCUGGUUUCUGCAUCGCCGUGGAGGGCCCGUAGCUGGCCACUCCAAGAAGCUGCUCUCGCACCUGCAAUCUACGUCAAGUUUGCGGGGCACAAAUUUCUUUUCCACCAUGAACGCCUGGGAAUUGAUGCGACCCUGGCUUCGAUACCCAACCAGGAUAAGGAUUACAAGAGACUCACGUGGCAUGGAAGCCUGAAGAGUGGAUAGAAGCUGGCGAACCUUCUCCGUAUAUACCUGAUAAUGAUUUUAU